AUGGGACAUCAAAAUAUAACUACCACAGUCAACAAUGUACCUAGCAGUCAACCGUCAAAUAAUACAAACACCUCUCAGCCAAUACUUACAUCUCAACCAGUUAUAAUACCAGUAGGAGGAAACAAUGACAAUGCUUACCUUCAAGUCAUACAAGGGCUAGCAGGAUGGCUUUAA